AUGUCGACCAGCUGUAAGUCAAAGAGUCAUGGCACGAGGAGGGCCAAGAACCGAUCUCCUCACAAAGGUGUCAAAAGGAGCAGCAACAAAAAAAAAUGCCGGAAGGUCAGCCUAAAAUGUAGGAAACAUGGUGAUGAUGAGGAGAGCUCUGUAAACCUAACUGGUACUCUAGGCCUGGACAUCUCCAGGAGAAAAAGCAAUGAUUUGGACUUCACCAUGUUAUCAUCCCCUAGGAGAGUAUUUGGCACAUCAGAAUUGUUCCACAAACAUGUGGAAUUGAUAGACAGAAUUGAUGGGUAUGAAGCUUCUGACAAGGGACUCCUUGAAGCUCCCAUCAGGAGGAGGAGAAGAAGAAAGAAAAAAUACUGCUGUCAGGAGGAUCUUUAG